CGCCUGUUUAGACUAAAUUGGGGCUAAUCAUAUCACUUUCAUCAAUUCACCGGAAAAAACCCUAAUGGUUCAUCUUCCCCCAAUUUUAUUUUUCUCUCCCAAAAAUUUUUCCGAACAAAAAAUCAAACCCUAAAUGGCAGCCAUUAUACAUGUUUUAGGAUUUUCCAGGUUUGUGUAUGGUUGAGAAUCAUCAUCAUCAUCAUGAGAAGGGGAUUUUAGUUUUUUUUUCUUUUUUUUUGUGAAUCUGCUUGUGUUUGGUGGUUGAUUGGAUCUGUUAAUUGAUUGAGAAUCAUCAGAAGAAUGAGAUUUUAGUUUUUUUGUAGUUUUUUUGAAUCUGCUGGGCCUUUGUUGUUAAUUUUUGUGGCAUCUAUUGAUUGAUGUGUGUUUGAAUUGUUCUUUUUGUAAUGGCAAACGGUUCAGAGAAUGGGGAGAUUGUUGUUUCGUCCAUUAGGACUGGUAUGAAACGGGAGUUUGCUAUGAUGAUGAAGGCUCAAGCUGAUUGGGACAUUGAUGUUGGUCAGAAGAGGGUUACAAGGACACCACAAUCGAGUCAGAAUAGUCCUGGUAACGUUAGCAAUGAUAAGGUUUAUGUGAAAAAGAGGAAAAGGGAGGUGAAAGAUGUGGUUGAUAGUGAAGAUUUGUCGAAUUUGAAGGUUGUUGGAAAGGAAUUAGAGAGUGAUGGAGUUGUGAAAAAAGAUGACAAUGUGGCUUUGUUGAGUGAAGAUUUGUCGAAUUCGAAGGUUGUUGGUGAAGAACUGGAGAGUGAUGGAGUUCAGAAAUUGGAUGAAAAUGUGGUUUUGUUGAGUGGAGAUUUGUCGAAUUCGAAGGUUGUUGAGGAAUUGGAGAGUGAUCGGGUUGUGAAAAAAGAUGACACUGUGGUUUUGUUGAGUGAAGAUUUGUCGAAUUCUAAGGUUGUUGGUGAGGAACUGGAGAGAGAUGGAAUUGUAACUAGGGAUGAAAAUGUGAUUAUUUUGAGUGAAGAGGAGGAGCCGAAGAGCGGUGUGGUGGAUUGCACUAGUGAUGAUGAGAAGAAAGCUAAGAUGGAUGAAGGAGUUGUUGGGUCUGGAGAAGAAGGGAAUGCUUGCUUGCAGAAUUGUGGAAAUGAUGCUACGACUGAAAAGGGCGAAUCAGCAAAAACCAAUGAUGAUUUUGAUGAAGAGAUGGCUGAAAUUGUUCCUGAAUUAGCUGUUACUGCUCAGGGUGAUGGUAAAGAUGAUCAAAAACGUGGGGAUGAUACUCAGAGUGAAAUGCCUACAACAGGGAAGGCCAGUGAUUUCAUUGUUGGAGCAAUGCCUGAAAUUGUUCCUGAAGCAGCUGUUACUGCUCAGGCUGAUGGUAAAAAUGUGCAAACUUGUCGAGGUGAUGCAAUGACUGAAAUGGCUAAAACAGUGAAGGCUAAUGAUUGCACUGUUGAAGCAAGGCCUGAAAUUGCUCCUGAAUUAGCUGUUACUGCUCAGGGUGAUGCUAAUGCAAAGAUUGAAAUGGCUAAAACAGUGAAGGCUAAUGAUUGCACUGUUGAAGCAAGGCCUGAAAUUGCUCCUGAAUUAGCUGUUACUGCUCAGGGUGAUGCUAACGAUGAGCAAUUACAGACACCUAUGAGGCGGUUUACUAGGUCUGCUCUGAAAACAGAAGAGGACACAGUGGUAUCUCAGUGCGAUAGAAUUAAGAUUGUGGGUGUCCAUGAAACAGAUUCUGUAGGUACCAUGUCUACACCUGCAAGGUUAGAGUUGAAGAUGUCCAAGAAAGUUGCACUGACUAAAAUUCCCACAAAGUUGAGAGAUCUUCUUGAAACAGGUUUGCUGGAGGGUUUAUCUGUUCGCUACAUUCGUGGCACUACAAAGGGGAGAGGGCGUCCUGCUAAAGGACUUCGCGGAGAGAUUAGAGGCUCAGGAAUAUUGUGCUUCUGUGAUAACUGUCAUGGGACAUCUGUUGUUACACCAAAUCAAUUUGAGCUGCAUGCCAAUAGUGCCAACAAACGUCCACCAGAAUACAUCUAUUUGGAGAAUGGAAAAAGUCUGAGGGAUGUAUUGAGUAUGUGUAAAGAUGCUUCUUCUGAUGAAGUAGAGAUGGUAAUAAAAAAUGCCAUCGGGAGUGCAGACGCUAAAAUAAAUGCUUCAGCAUGUAUGACUGCACAGGAGUUCCAAUCUCCCCCUGUUCCAAGUGGUGAAGCUAGUAGCAGGUCUACAUCAUCUGCGCCUGCUACAAAGUUGACCGAUCGAAUGCCCUCUGGCAGUGGAACUCAAAGUAAAGCUCACGGAAAGUUAACUAGAAAGGAUCUGCGCAUGCACAAACUUGUGUUCGAGGAGGAUGCACUUCCUGAUGGAACUGCAUUAGCAUAUUAUGUCCGUGGACAGAAAUUGCUGGAGGGUUAUAAGAAAGGUCAUGGAAUUUUUUGCUACUGUUGCAAUACUGAGGUUAGCCCUUCACAGUUUGAGGCUCAUGCAGGUUGCGCUUCACGUCGGAAGCCUUAUUUGUACAUAUAUACUUCCAACGGGGUAUCUCUGCAUGAGUUGUCUAUUAAACUUUCAAAAGAACGAAGGUCCUCAGCUGAGGAAAAUGAUGAUCUCUGCUCUAUAUGUGCUGAUGGAGGGGACCUCCUGUGCUGUGACAAUUGUCCAAGAGCUUUCCAUACCGAGUGUGUUUGUUUGCCAAGUAUUCCCACCGGUACCUGGUAUUGUAAAUACUGUGAAAACAUGUUUGCAAAAGAAAGAUUCGUUGAGAACAAUGCCAAUGCUAAAGCUGCUGGGAGGGUUGCUGGAGUUGAUGCCAUCGAGCAGAUAACAAGACGAUGCAUUCGCAUGGUGGAAACUUUAGAGACUGAAGUUAGUGUUUGUGUGCUCUGCAGGGAUCAGGAUUUCAGCAAAUCAGGAUUUGGCCCGCGGACAGUUAUAAUUUGUGAUCAGUGUGAGAAGGAGUAUCAUGUUGGAUGUUUGAAGGAGCACAACAUAGAUGACUUACAGGAAUUGCCAAAAGACAAAUGGUUUUGCUGCACAGAUUGCAGUAGAAUUCAUGUUGCUCUGGAAAAGGUGGUAUCAGAUGGAGAACAGAAUAUUCCUGAGUCUCUAUUGGAAGUCUUGAAGGCAAAGAAUGAAGGAAAAGGUUCAGUGAAUAACUCCAGGCUUGACAUUAAAUGGCGUCUGCUAAGUGGUAAAAUGUCAUCAGAAGAGACAAGGGUCUGGCUUUCUAGUGCUGUUUCAAUUUUCCAUGAACAAUUUGACCCAAUUGCUGAUGCAAGUACUAGCCGUCUAGAUUUGAUCCCACACAUGGUCUAUGGAAGGAGUUUCAAGGACCAAGACUAUGGAGGGAUGUUCUGCGCAAUAUUAUUGGUCAAUUCAUUGGUUGUUUCUGCUGGCAUUUUCCGUGUUUUUGGGAAGGAAGUGGCUGAACUCCCUUUAGUUGCUACAAGUACUAAUUGUCAAGGACAGGGUUACUUCCAAUCUCUGUUUUCUUGUAUAGAGAACCUUUUGCGGUCCCUGAAAGUAGAAAACCUUGUACUUCCGUCCGCAGAAGAAGCAGAGGCAAUCUGGACAAAUAGAUUUAGCUUUACAAAGAUCCCUGAAGAACAGAUGAAGCAGUAUCGGAAAAAUUAUCAGAUGAUGGUUUUCUCUGGAACAUCCAUGCUGCAGAAGCAAGUGGGGGGGCUCUCAACUUGAUGAAAACAAUUUUAUUUUAGAAGAUGCAUGAUUUGUUGUGCAGAUAUUUUGUGGAAAAUGGUUUCGAUUUUUCUGUAAGACAAGGGAUGUACAGCGGCUCUAGUUUCAGUUUGGUGGGGGUAUAUAUGGGGAAUAGCUUAGACAUCGUAUGUUAGUUACCCUGUGAAUGUUACAUCAGUUGUUAGUAGGAGCUAUGGUUCCGAAACGUUGGAUUAUCUCAGUUGUGGAAGUUGGUAAACUGUGAAAUUCAGCAGGAUUUAGAUUAUAGCGUGCUGUCUUGUUUUAUCUCUUAUAUGAGAAAAUGAGGAUGUUCAGUGCUGCUGUAAAAUGGCUCCAUUUUUGCUACAUUAGCAAUUGAAAAGUAGCCUUAGUUUAUCA